GUUUGAUGUGUAACGUUUGUGCUUUCAAUUUUGUCUGACUAGGAAAAAAUAAAUAGCAUUAUUGUGUCUGAAAUAAAUUUUAUUCUAAUAUAUCAAAUUCAAACAAUAUAUAAAUUUAUGAAUUCUUUGCGUAAGUCAAUAAUUUUAGUACGUAAUUUGUGAGCAAUUAUUAAUACAUAUUGUUUGGUUGCAAAAUAAAACUUACUCAUAACCUACAAUUAUGCCCAAAUAUUACUGUGAUUAUUGUGAUACAUAUUUAACUCACGAUUCACCAAGCGUGAGAAAAACUCACUGCACAGGAAGAAAACAUAAAGACAAUGUGAAGUUUUACUAUCAAAAAUGGAUGGAGGAACAAGCUCAGCAUCUCAUUGAUGCUACUACAGCCGCGUUCAAAGCUGGAAAAAUUGCUCAGAAUCCAUUUGGUAAUAAAGGAGCUACUAUACCUCCACCUUGGGAUCCAUCAGUGAUGGGGCCUGGCGGCCCCAGACCACCGGUACCGACCCCAGGUGGACCUCCGGGUAUGUUGCCUCCUCCAACGAUGGGACCAGGAGGACCAAUGGCGCCACCUAUGAUGAUGGGUCCUCAUGGACCAAUGCCACCUAUGAUGGGGAUGAGACCCCCUAUGAUGGGACCUCUAAUGGGACCAAUGGGCCCUAUGGGUCCAAUGGGACAAAUGCGACCACCAUUAAUGAAUGGACCUCCUAUGAACAAAUAGUGAUAGUAAAUUUAAUAUUAAGUUUCUAAAUAAU